GCCAAGCUGCAUUACAACAGCUGACCAGCAAAGCAAAGCCAUGAGCAAUAUUUCCAAGAAUUCGCUAAAAACUGUCUUGCUGCAACUUGAAUGCCAUUUUACAUGGACUUUGCUGAAGGAUGAUGUUGAUCUUGAUAACUUAGAGGAAACAAUUUGUGAUCAGAUUGAGUUUCUAAUCACAAAAUCCAAAAUCAGUAAUUAUAAUCUGCUAGCCUAUGUGAAACACAUGAAAGGCAACAGUGAGGAAGCUCUGGAAAGUCUACAAAAAGCUGAAGGAGAAGUUCAAACAAAUCAUGCAGAUGAGGUUGACAGAAAAAUUCUUGUUACCUGGGGGAACUAUGCUUGGGUCUAUUACCAUAUGAACAAACUUCAAGAAGCUCAAUCCUACAUAGACAAGGUAGAAAGCAGCUGCAAAAAGCUCUCAAGUGCAUCUCGCUAUAAGAUUCAACUGCCUGAGAUCUACUGUGAACAAGGGUGGGCACUAUUAAAGUUUGGAAUAAAGUAUUAUGAAAGAGCAAAGAAAUGCUUUGAAAAGGCUCUGGAAGAGGAACCCAACAAUCCAGAAUUUAAUUCUGGCUAUGCAAUUGCCAUAUAUCGCCUGGAAGAUUUUCUUACAAAAGGCUCUUCUGGUGAGGACUCAUCACUGGAACCUUUAAGGCGUGCAGUAAGACUGAAUCCAAACGACACUUUUGUUAUGGCACUCCUUGCACUGAAACUUCAGGACACAGACCAAGUCGAAGAAGGAGAAAAGUACAUCAAAGAAGCAUUGCAAAAAACCCCAGAUCUUCCCUAUUUAUUGCGAUAUGCUGCCAAGUUUUACAGAAAAAAAGGACUAGUGGAGAAAUCACUGGGGUUUUUGAAAAAGGCACUGGAAUUUACACCAACCUCUGGCUUCCUGCAUCAUCAGAUAGGUCUUUGCUACAGAACACAAUUAUACAAAAUGAAAAAAGAUACAAAAUAUCCACGUAGAGAGCAGAUGGAGGAACUGAUUCGAUUGUGCAUUUUUCAUUUUAAAAUGGUGGUGGAGCAAAAAUCAAAGUUUAUGUAUGCCUAUAUUGACCUAGCAAGCAUGUAUGCAGAAGGAAAUCAAUAUCAAGAAGCAGAAGACACCUUUCAAAAAGUAUUUAAGAUGGAGAAACUCACCUGUGAUGAGAAGCAACAACUCCACUACCGCUAUGGACGCUUUCAGGAAUAUCACAAAAAGUCUGAAUCUGAGGCUAUUAAUCAUUACACAAAAGGGCUGAAAAUUGAGAAAAACUCACAUGAAAGAAACCUGUGUAAAGAUGCUCUGAAGAAAUUAAUAGAAAGGAGAAUUCAGAGAGGCUCUGCAGAUGCUAAAAAUUUGGGUAUGCUUGGACUUAUUCACCAACUGAAUGGGGAGAAGCCUCAAGCAAUUGAGUGUUAUGAGAAAGCCCUGGCAUUGGAGCCUGAUAAUGAAGAAUACUUAAGUGCUCUCUGUGAGAUACGGCUUUCCAUAGAAAUCUAA